CCCGCAGGAGCCUCCAGCGCGCGUAGAGGCGCUAAAGGGCUUACCCAAGGGGGGGGGGGCGGUGGAAGGCGGGGAGAGGCUCCCCCUUAAAUACCGCACUCGGCUUCUCUCGCGCGCUCACCCCGGCCUCCGCUCACUCCCUCGCCCGCCGCUGCAGGAUUGUGCCGAAGAGGAGGGGGCGUUCCCCAGGCCAUGGCAUCCACGGAAGGUGCCAACAACAUGCCCAAGCAGGUCGAAGUGCGAAUGCAUGACAGUCACCUCAGCUCAGAGGAGCCGAAGCACCGACAUUUGGGGCUGCGGUUGUGUGACAAGCUGGGGAAGAAUCUCCUGCUCACUCUGACGGUGUUUGGUGUCAUCCUUGGGGCAGUAUGUGGAGGGCUUCUUCGCUUGGCAUCUCCUAUCCACCCUGAUGUGGUUAUGUUAAUAGCCUUCCCAGGGGAUAUACUCAUGAGGAUGCUGAAAAUGCUCAUUCUCCCUCUAAUCAUCUCCAGUUUAAUCACAGGAUUGUCAGGCCUGGAUGCUAAAGCCAGUGGGCGCUUAGGCACGAGAGCUAUGGUAUAUUACAUGUCCACGACCAUCAUCGCCGCAGUCCUGGGGGUCAUCCUGGUCUUGGCUAUCCACCCAGGGAACCCCAAACUCAAGAAGCAGCUGGGGCCUGGGAAGAAGAAUGAUGAAGUGUCCAGCCUGGAUGCCUUUCUCGACCUUAUUCGAAAUCUCUUCCCGGAAAACCUUGUCCAAGCCUGUUUUCAACAGAUUCAAACAGUGACCAAGAAAGUCCUGGUGGCACCACAGUCAGAAGAGGAGAGCAAUGUCACCAACUCUGUCGUGUCCCUGUUGACCGAGACUGCAACGGAGGCACCCGAGGAAACGAAGGUGGUUAUCAAGAAGGGCCUGGAGUUCAAGGACGGCAUGAAUGUCCUAGGUCUGAUAGGGUUUUUCAUUGCUUUUGGCAUCGCCAUGGGAAAGAUGGGAGAGCAGGCCAAGCUGAUGGUGGAAUUCUUCAACAUUUUGAAUGAGAUUGUGAUGAAGUUAGUGAUCAUGAUCAUGUGGUACUCUCCCCUGGGUAUUGCCUGCCUUAUCUGUGGGAAGAUCAUUGCAAUCAAGGACUUAGAAGUGGUUGCUCGGCAACUGGGGAUGUACAUGGUCACAGUAAUUGUGGGCCUCAUCAUCCACGGGGGCAUUUUUCUCCCCUUGAUUUACUUUCUAGUGACAAGGAAAAACCCUUUCUCUUUUUUUGCUGGCAUUUUUCAAGCUUGGAUCACUGCCCUGGGUACCGCUUCCAGUGCGGGAACUUUGCCUGUCACCUUCCGUUGCCUGGAAGAGAAUCUGGGGAUUGAUAAACGCGUGACCAGAUUUGUCCUCCCGGUCGGAGCAACCAUUAACAUGGAUGGUACAGCCCUCUAUGAAGCCGUGGCCGCCAUCUUUAUUGCCCAAAUGAACGGCGUUGUCCUGGAUGGAGGCCAGAUUGUGACUGUGAGCCUCACGGCCACACUGGCGAGCGUCGGCGCAGCCAGCAUCCCCAGUGCUGGGCUGGUCACCAUGCUCCUCAUUCUGACAGCUGUGGGCCUGCCAACGGAGGACAUCAGCCUGCUGGUGGCUGUAGACUGGCUGCUGGACAGGAUGAGAACUUCAGUCAAUGUUGUGGGUGACUCUUUUGGGGCUGGGAUUGUCUAUCACCUCUCCAAGUCCGAGUUGGAUACCAUUGAUUCCCAGCACCGAGUGCAUGAAGAUAUUGAAAUGACCAAGACCCAGUCCAUUUAUGAUGACAUGAAGAAUCAUAGGGAAAGCAACUCUAAUCAAUGUGUCUAUGCUGCACACAACUCUGUCAUAGUAGAUGAGUGCAAGGUAACUCUGGCAGCCAACGGAAAGUCAGCAGAAUGCAGUGUUGAGGAAGAACCUUGGAAACGUGAAAAAUAAGAAUAUGACUCUCAACAAAUUCUUGAAUAAACUCCCCAGCGUAUGUUAUGGUAAAAGAGGAUAUAAACAAGCUUUCUUUAAAAAGGAAAAAAUGCAUAUAUUUCUAUGUUUACUUAAUCUGUUAGCUGAGGCUUAGAGGAUCUGUUGUGAGUCAGUGAUAGGCAUGGUGCUGUGUCUUUGCCAAAUAAUGCUUUGUAACCAUCUAAUUUUCUCACUUGUAUUAUCGUCUGAAUGGUUGCUGCUGGAGGAAUCAGUUUGAAUUGAAGACGCGUUCUUGCCAGCUUCCUUUAUUUUUUUUUUUCUCAAGAUGCAGAACCGUAGCUGCUCUUUUCCCAGGGGACACAACUAAGCAGUGCGGUACACUCCAGGGAUCUGGGAUAGUGAGCAGACACUCAGUGUGUUAUUCCUUCAAGUGUUCUCCGUGCUUCACCUCGUUACGCACUUCUAGAAGCCUCGAGAAGUGAUUCUUAAAUGUCUUGUAGAGCUUGCCCAUGUGUUGAUAAAAGCAAGUACCUGUUUUAGGGAACAGUGACAAUUUAUCUUCUGUGUCCUCUUUUUAGCUAAAUGUUUCCAAGAGAGUCGUAAGGGGAGCCAAACUCUUAAGGAUGCUGAUUAUGGAACCCACUGAGUCUCUGCUCUCCUCUACCUAGUCUGUGGAAAUUUAUUAUUGAAAUUUCAGAGUAUGUUUCAUAAAUUGCUUAAAAUUUGAUAAUGGAUUAGAAUGUAAUUGACAUGUAACUACUGUAUACAUUGACAAAACUAAGGGAGCACAGUCAACAUAAAUUUUAACCAGAUUCAAAUAUUCAAAUUCAUUUUCGUUUGCUUUGCAUUCACCUGGCAUAGUGAAAUCAAGUGAGAUUAUUUUGAUCUCUGCUUCACUUUCUUUGUUUCCCCAUAAAAUUCUUGUUUGGGUUUCUAACAAAAAGACAUUUUUGAUCCCCAAAUUAUUUUAAUAAUAUUCUCAUCAAACUAAAAGGCCUAAUCAUUUUAAUCUUCUUACACAUGGAGAACAGUUGUGUUGGCUGUGCCUCUUUUAAUACCAUCUCUUGAUAAAAACAAAAAGAUUGUCACUUAUCUAAUAAGUAGAAAGCCUCUUGUUAUAUUAUAUCAAAGCACAUAAAACCAACUACAGGACACAGUUUGAAGCAGAGCCCUAGUCUUCUCUGUGGAAAGGACCAGAAAACAGACAUAUGUGCAAAAUCCUAUAAAGGUGACAUUCCUAUGGCAAAGUCAGGGCAACCUUGAACCAUGAAAUGGGAACAAAGCAUAGCUCUACACAAUUCAACUCAAAGAUGGAACCUUUUCAAGGCUGUGAAAGUUUGGGAGAAUAAAUAAUAUAAUUGGAGUAGUACAGUGCCUUGCAUGCUGUAGACACCCAACAAAUCCUGAAUGAUUGAUUGUGCAAGCUAGAUUUUUCAAUGUCUCUCCCCUCAUUUUCUAUUGAAUAACCCACAGUAUUUUCCUAAGGUUGUGGGCUUUGGGAGUUUGCUGAGGACUUGAACAUGAAUCAUUGAUAAAUAAAGCACAUUCAACCCUAAGGAAUGUGUAGAACCUUGGUCCGCACACGGGAGUAAGGAGGUAUCUGAGGCCGGCAGAUGGAUGCUGAGAUACUCAUGAAUGGUCAUAGACUCCAAAUUCUCUAAGGAGAGGAUAUUUGUAAACAUCACAUACCCUUUAUCACCUACUCCUUGUGACUUUUCCAAAGCAGACACCUUUGGAACAUACAAGAGACAAGAGAUUCCAAUUGUUUGUGUCCCUUAAACCCUAGUUGUUUUUGGAUAAGGAUUGCUAUUCAGCAGUAUUAAGCAGAUUUUUGCAUUUUAAAAAAAAGUGACAUUGGUCUUCAUUUUCAUUAUAUGGGCAGUUAACAGGGUGGCCAAGGAUGUGCUGAAAUGUAACUGUGGAAAAUGUAUCCUUUAUAGCAAAUGUUGUGGAUCAAGCGGACAGUUCUUGGAUUCAGCUGUGAAACUGUUAAGGAUUGUCUUUAAGUGGUGCGCCCAAGAGCUUUUUUUAUGGUGAGAAGGAUCUAAGCAAGGCAUCUAGGAGCUUGUGGUUUUUGCUGUUUAAAGCCAGCUUAGCACUUAGACAGGCUGACAUGCUUCUCGAAGGAGUUGUCUCGGGAUCAUCUUCCCAAGACUCUGCCUAAAUGUCCUCUUGGCUUGCUUUGUCUUCAGCUUUUUCCUAGUUACCCAGUUGGCUUGUAAAUCUGUAAGGGGACAGUGUGUUCAGGAGAAACAAGAUGCACAGCUUAACAAAGCAGGUUUUUCUAGUUUGAGACUGUAUGCAAUAAGUUCCUUAAUAAGGAGAUCACAUUUAUCUGGAUUCAGCAAAACAUAUUAAAAAUAAACACUUUCUCAAAUUCAAGACAAGCUUGAAAAUCCAGGAUGCAUGUAGAGCUGACAUAUGACUGUGCCCUCUGAUUUUUUUAGGCCUCAUUCAUUCUUCUCAUGCCAUGUCCUUUGGGGUUUUCCUUGUCCAGUAUAUGUGCCAUAAACAGAACAAAUAGAUCCAGAUUGUACCUCUAACAACUUUUUCUAAAAAGGAUAUGUAAGACCUGUCAGUUAUAUGCGUAGAUUUAUAUUAACAGGUCCAACACAGAUAAAAAUGAUUAUAAUCAUACACUAAUAUUGGAAGAUGCAUAAAUGUUAUAUUUAUAUACAGACAUGGCAGGCCAGGUGCAUACACUACAUCCUGUGAGGUCUCUAAGUCAGUGCUUUGGCAACACCAUUUUGUUAUAGACUUAUUUACUCUUUUUAGGAAUCAGAAUUGUUUCAGAAGAAAACCUAAGCAGAUGUUAAUCCUUCCCUCUCUCAUUUUUGCCCAUUGAGAAACCCAAGUGAAAUCAUCAUAGGUUACCUACUUACCAUUCAACGAAUCAAAUCCAAUCAGUGAGAAGAAUGGCUUCUCUCUCAAGGUAAGGUUUUAUCUUAGAUCUUUGAGGAUGUCCUCCCCAUGCAAAGAGCAUCAGAGAAUCCAGGCAAUGAUCUAGGUCACACAGAUCCUCGAUAUAGGACUUCAGGUGAUGAUAUUGAACCAGGUAGCUAUCAGGUUCAAUAGUUACUACAGGGUGUGGAAACACAGCCUAUAAUCCCAUUUCCUGCAGAAGUUACCAUGUCCCCUAAAAGACAAAUAUUUACUUCUCUUUUCCAACUGUUAUUUAGUCUGGAUAUUCAUGAAAGCCUAAAGCAAGGAUGCCUGGAUUUAGACUGCUGAAAGCUGAGAAAGGCUUAGGGAAAAUUCAGUUCUCAGAACGAUAUACUCCUGGUAAGUAAUACCAGGAAUCCCGUGACCUGUUGAUUAGAGGGUCUCAGGUCAUUCCUACUCAUGCAUGACGUUAUUUUCACGUGUAUUAAAAAUCAAGAAGCCCUUUCAGAGUUAAGUAAAAAUCAAGAAGCCCUUUCAGAGUUAAGUAACUUACUGGGUCCUUGCAAGGAAACUCAAUCCUGCCACUUUUUUUUUUUUUUUUGCAAAUACCACACUUUCCCUAUGUUCUCAGUAGCAAAUGUUAUGGUACACUAUUUCACUUUUUUCAGGAUCAAGGCUUCUGUCUGUGCUCUAUUUUCCCAUGAAAUAUAGCAGUAAAUCCAAAUAGGUAUACCGAAGCUCAGAAAGAACUCCCCGUAGUUCACACUCUUGCUGAAACAAGUCUCAGCGGUGUUUGCCUGGUUUGGUGACUUAACAUGCUCAGCAGUUACACCCAAGGGAAGUAGCUCUUCCCCCUCAUUGCUCUUAAACUCUCAGGGCCAUGCAGUUAUCUGGGUUGUUGCUUUUGCUUUGCUUAUUCUCCAAGUGAAUUUAUUCCAAGCCAAGAAAAAGUACCACAUGGGAAUUUUCACAUUGUGAAUAAGAGUAGUAGGACCUGGGAGCCUAGGAAGAUUAAGUGUAAGCAAAGAGCCUGAAGCAAUUCUGAUGUGACAGUUUUGUAAAUCUAGUGGUCAGACGAGAUUAAUGGUUUCCCUAUCUGGUACUUUCUGGCUAAAACCUAGGAGAAAGGCCACUGAGUGCUAACCCAGGCAGGUUGCACUAUAGGUAGAUUGUUCUUGAAUGGGGUGAGUUCAAAACUGCUCAUGCAACAUUUGCUUAUGAUUUUCCUGAAAGGAAAACCCAGUUUCCCACUCUUCUUCCUCCUUUCUUCUCAUUCCACUUGUCAUUGUUGCUGCUUAAGAGACAGUUUUGUAAACAACCAUACAAGUAAGUAUAAGGGUUGGUUUUAGAAUAGAUGACAGGGAAUCUUAAUUAAAUAGUAUUUCAUUUUAUUGCAUAACACAGCUAAUUCAGAUAAUGACAUUGAGAUGGUAAGAAAUAACACAGUUGAGUAGAGGCAAUAUUUGACUUAGACUCUACCAAUUUUUAGCUGGAUAACUUAUAUAACUCACUUUAUGGCCAAGCCUUAUUCCUCGAAUAUUUAAAGGAAGGUGUAGGCUUAAAUAAUUAAAACCCCCUUCUAGAAUCCAUAAUAUUAUGUAUGAUCUCUGCUUUAAUUUCUUUUUUCCUCAGAGGCUUACUACUAUUAAAUAUAACUUUAUAUUUUAAGUCAGAGGGGCCUAUAAUAAUGACUAAUCGAUUCAGAUUUUUCUCAUCCCCUUUGGGGGAAAUUAAAUUCCAGCCUCUCUUCAUCUGAUAUUUUACAACAGGCUUGGAAGAUGGCCAUGUUAAUUUAUUGUUUGGUGUUUUGGAACACAGACAGACAACUGCUCUUUGCCUAAACUCACUGUCCUAGUCGGAGUAGCGAUUCAGCUCAGGGAAAAAUGCUGCCAGAGUCACCAAGAGAGUACUAGAUGCGUCUGCAG